UCUGCCAGAUCGAUCGACAGCAGCUGCAAACUUUUUAUUGUUCUACUUUUUGCAUGAAAAAAACUCACUUUACGAUCUAAAGGGAACGUUUUCAUAAGUAUGUCUGUGGCAUUUUCCUCAGAGAGGCGAUCGAAUCCAACCACACAAUCUGUACAAGCGCUACUUGACGAGAAUGCACAACUCAUACAGGCAAUUGUGGAUUAUCAAAACAAAGGGAAAGCAUAUGAAUCAACUCAGUAUCAACAGUUGUUACAUCGCAACCUCGUCUACUUGGCUACUCUUGCUGACUCAAAUCAACCAAGUCAGGGCUCACAGGGCUCUUCACAAGGCGGAGGCAUGCCAAAACCACCAAGUUCAGUAACACCACCAUCGGCACAUCCCCAAGGCCCACCGAUGAUGGGGGGAGAUAUGGGGUCCUCGUCACUACCCCCGAACAUUCAAUCAUCAAGCAGUGAUCUAAUGAGCAAUGCUGGUCAGACAUACCCUGGAAUGGUUGCGCCUGGGUCAGUUUCGGGUACCUACAGACCACCUGCUACCCAAUCGCCACCACAACUACCCCCACAGUUACAACACCCACCUUCCUCUCAACAAAAUGUAAACAUGGGUUACCCAUCGCCUAGCAACCAACAAAUAAUGACAGGUGGCCCACCUGGUAUGAGUGGGCCUAUGCCGAACAUGCCUCAGCAGUCCCCCAUGGCACGGCAUCCAGGUCAAAUGUCACAGCAACGCAUGAUGACGCAGGGCCAACAAAGUCAGCAGCAGUACUUAAUGCAACAAAGACAGAUGCAGUAUCAGCAAGCGACCUCACAACAGACUCCACCCCCACAACAGCCAAUUUCAUCAGCCAGUCAAGCCAACUACGGCCAACCCCCGACCACCAACAACAUGAUGCAAGGAUAUCAACACCAGCAACAAAGAUAUAACCCUUACCGACCACCACCGCAGCAGCAGACACUAUCACACAUGCCGUACCCACAACAAGGACAGAUGAUGAUGGGACAGUCACAGAUGGGACGAGGGCAGGUGCCCAUGGGACAGACACCUAUGGGUCCUGCGAUGGGACAGACACCCAUGCAGUCCCCUAUGGCACAUUCACCAAUGGUACAAUCACCCAUGGGUCAACCUCCUGUGUAAAGGAGUCUUAUUCUUGUCAGAGAACAACGUAGUAAACUUUAAUUUAUAUCCAACAUUUAUACUUUACCAAUGUGAGUAAUAGAACUUAUUAUACACUCAACAAAAUUACUUGAUUCUGAUUGGACCGUCGAGAGGAGUACAAUUAAAUCCCAAAUUGUACUCUGUUGAGUCCCAAUUAGGCUGACCAACUUUGUCGAGUGUAUCAUUAACAAAAAAUCGCACAAUGCUCUCAUACAAUUUCAAUUUAUUGAUACACUUGAUAUUUUGGAAGUUCUCAAAUUGGACGCGCCUAAGGGUACAUCCAAUUUUGAAAACUCUCAAAACAUCACUCGUACCUAUAAAUUCUGAAUUGUACUCAAAAUUGUGGGAUUUCCUAUACUUUCUAAGGUUGGCUCAAAUACUUAUUUUAUUUUACAAAGCCACCUAGACUACAUAGAAUAUAGAUUGAUAUAUUUAUAAGACGUCAGAACAAUAAGCAUUAAUUAACAUGUAAAGGUAUAUAUAUGUGCCACUGCCAAUCAAUAUGGUGAAGUAGGGACAGAUCCAGGGGUGGUAAUAUAGGUGACUAGUCAUCCCCCUUUUGCUCAAAUUUCUCAGUAUAUUGUUAGUAACAGUCACCCCCCUUUUUUCUCGAAUUCCUGGUAAAACCUUUCUAAUAGUCAUCCCCUUUCUAAAAUACCUGGAUCUGCCCCUGGUGAAGAGGUGAAGCAGUUUAAAGUGCUAUUUGGAAUAACAUUAUUUUUUAGAUUCGUUUUGAUAGUCAGGAAAACCAAUUAAGCAUUCCAAGGUAGAAUGACAUCUGGGUUGAGUUGGCAUUGCAGUGCAUCAUGGGAAUGUUUUGGGGGACAAAUAGAUGCCAUCUUUGAAAUAUGUACUGCAGUGCCAACUCAACCUUCUAAAGCAAAGGUUGGGUAGAUUUGGGAUUUUUAGGGGGAAGUAGAAACGUAACUAUUUUUAGCUGGAAAUGAAUUUUAAGGAAAGUGUGGUAGUGCCUUAAUAAUGUGGGAACAUAGGUGUUAUCCUGGGGGGGAGGGGGUACUCUGCCAGAAUUUGGGUAGGGGUGUUCAGCUGGUAUUCUGAAAGGGGUACCCCUGUUUAUGACAAAAAAACUCAAAUUUG